UGUAACAAGAUGGCUGUCGACAAUGAAGAAGCGUUCGUUUAUAAGGUUUACAGUACGUUACUUUUGCUUAGCUUUGUAUUCAUUGCUAGUGGACAGUUGAAUGGAAGUGUGACAAACACUGGAAGUGUUUCGGGAUGUAUUUGCGAUCUCAUCGUGAACGGUUGUGAUCCAAAUUGUUGUUGUGAUCCGGACUGUUCGCCUUCCGACAAGGAAACAUUCACAGAAUGCUCAGAAACGAAAUUCGUAGUGUACGAUGACCGUGUUUGUGUUUCUGAUCAGCUUAUUUACGUGCACAACGUACCGUUCAGGACGAUAAACACAGGCGACGGGUUGCUAUGUAUUUAUCGCAACAAUAACAAGAAGCAAGAAGAAUUUUCCAGUGUCAGCACCAUUGAGGGAAAUGAUGAUUUCACCAAAGCCAUCAAGUCCAGAAAUUUAUUCUCUUACCAGACAAACGAUAAUGUGGAGCAAGGCUUGGGGAGUCAGUACAAGGUUGGUGAUGCUAUACUUAUUCUGUUUCCCAACAAAAUCCGUGGCUUUCUGAAUCUUCCAACCACGCUCAUCUCUUCGUCUUGUAAUGAUUUCAAUGCAGCAGGUUACUUCAAAGAUCAAAAGUCACAAUGCACGAGAAAUUUCGCUGACAUUAAAGCCGAAUGCUCCCGUUGGACGCCAUUGUCAGCCUCAAGCUACUACUCCAAUUUUCUGGUUGCCAAGUCUCCACAGCUGCACAGCCCUGCAACGAACAUUACUUCAAAUUCGUCCGUAUUACAUUCCACGUACAACGAGUCGCGAUUCUUUGCUCCGCAAUUAGCUGCGCCUUUGCUGUGUCGCGAUGUCAGCGGAGUGCUACGUGAGUGUAGGUUCACAACUCCGCCUACACCUAGCUAUAACACCUCAACAAAACGCUGUGACAAUGUUGUGACCGAGGUAUCGUAUCUCCUCGUUUACAAUAACGAUUCCUCGACGUUAAAAGCUAUGAACGUCUCGCUCCUCCUCGGAAACGUCCGUGAAAAUUUCGUGCAGCGAUUUUCCAUUCGAUUUCUAAAGGAAGGAAAAGAAGAAGCUUUCGUGAAGUCGGGCAAUCCUGGUUAUUUGGUUGGCAAACCAGUCCUCGCUGGAAUUCUUCAAAAUAAUCGGGCAACAAAUAAAAAGGCUAUCAUUCUGAGCACCAACAACAGAGAAUGGCUGACAAUUCCAAAUGCCUCACCGGACGGUUCAUGCGCUUCUGCUGCCAAUAACAGAUUGCCCGUGACGUUUAAUAUAGAGAUGAGAUCUGGCUGCAUGAUAAGACUGAAUCAGACAUCAAAUUGUUCUUUGCUUCAAGAUCUUGUUUAUUCCGCGUUACUCGGUACCAGUCUCCCGGAGUACGUCGCGAGCUUUGGGAACUCCGACGUACAAAAUGUCGCCGACUGGGUGAAAAUUAUUCACGAUCGACCAUCGAAUAAGCCCGUCGGCAGUGGAGGCGUGUGUUCUAACAUGAUCCUUGGUCUACAUAUUGAAAUCCUUUUUGCGAAUGUUGGAUAUCUUGCGAAGCCUCAAGCUAAAAUCCUCGGGACUCGUUUCAAAUACGAGAGGCCGCAGAGAGUCUUUGUGCGCUGUUUUGGUCAAUUCUGUCGUAGUGGUGGUCAGAACAUAGAAAUUUCGUCAUCAGUGGCAUUUACAGAUGUUUCCAAGCCCCCAGAAGCUGAUCAGAAAUCGCUUCCGAAUUUUCAGUCCAAAGCUCCGUCGGAUUUUUUCCAUCCAUUCCUGUGAGUGUCGCAUAUGUUUUGUCGUUCCACGAAAGAAGAUGGUAAAAAUGAAAGAAAGGGUUAAAACAAAGGCUGAGAGAAAAAGUUGGCUUGAAGUAUCCCAACUCGAAAAUGCACAAAAUAUCCCGGAAUUAUUUCUUAAAAUAGAACUAAUAACCUCUUGUGUUGUUCAGCUGGCUCAGUUGAGCCCAGUUUAGCCCUGAACCAUUGAUAUAUUUACUUCAAUGCCCUGAA